GUGUGUGCGUGCACGCGAGUGUGCGUGUGUGCUUUUCUUCUUCCCUUGAAGAUGUGAAUGGCUUCUCAGCUAGGCUGGUCCUUGGGAUUCUUGACUUUGGGGAGCUGUGAGCCCAAACCACCCAUGUAAUUAUUCAUGUUGCAUGGUCGGUUAUACCAGGGGAAAAAAAGGCGCAACGGCACGGGGGUGGGGCAGAUCCACGAAACAUUCUGGAAAGGAGAAAUAGGAAGAGGGGAGAGGAAUAGAAAUAUGAAUAUUAAAAGACCUGAGAAGACUUUCGGAAUCUCCCGGCUGGCUGUUCCGUUUUCCGGCACGAACCUGGAUGUUUUCCACCUUUUCAAGUCAUCUUGGUGUUUCUCUAGUGUUUUGUAAGCCGCUUUCCAGCUAGCUGCGUGUGUGUAUGUGUGUUUGUGCGCGUGUGUAUGUGUGCGCGCCUAUCGGAUGCAUUUGACAGUCUUAUUUUCCAACUGCCCAGAAGCAAAUGUGUUAACUCAGAGAUGCCCCUCCAUGCCCAGGUUCUCGCAGAGCGCGGAGGACACCCAGACCCGUUUUCCUGGCUGGAUUCCGGGCGACUGCUUGGCUGUGGAGCCAGGUGUGUGGAUCACUUAAUCCAGAGGCUGGGAAAGUAGCUGUAUUAACCAGCUUCCAGGUACAUCGCAAGGUCAAGAGAGGGUCUGGCAGCUGUCUUAUUUUCCUGCAUCUUGACUUUCCUGUUUUGGUCAGAAGAAUAUGAACGUGUCUGUCCACGACAUUUGAAGCCCAAACUUCGGCACUUCCGCCUGGUUUACUGUAUAAACAAGGUAAUGAGGAUUGCUUUUCAAACUGCUUAACGAACCCCGACACUUCCAGAGUCCUUCCAGGACUCCCUUACUCCCCAGCGAAAUGUCACCAGCUUUUGAAUUCCAAGGAUUUGGGCUGCAGGAGAACUUGAAGGAAACGUGAUCAAGGGCUAUGUGAGAAAGCGACUGCUCUCUUUGCCGGUGGGCUGGUGAGCUUCGGAGCGGAUCUUGUGAAGGACCGGUCCUGUUUCUCCCUCCGGAUGCGGUUCUGGGAAUGCUUGUGCAAGAGUGAGUGCGCGCGCGCCAGGCUGAGAAUGUGAGAGCGUGUGUGAGCGUGUCUGUGUGUGUGUGUGUGUGUGUGUGUGUGCGCGGCCGCCCUGCUUCUGCCGGCUCCCCGGGCGCGGAUCCAUCGGUUUCAUGGGGCGAUUUGCGCUGAUUCCCCACCCAGUGCGACCUGCGGGCAGCGGCGGCAGUGGCAGGAGCCACCUCUCUGACUCCCUAGGAUGCGGGUGCUGAGCUAUGGCAAAGGGCAGCGAAGUGAUGAGAGAGACCCCAGUACAGCCGUGAAAGCCACCUGGAGCCACCUUGCCUGGAUCUUACCUGCAGGCAGAAAGUCCUCCUAUGACCGUCUUUCCCCCUAGAGGCACCAGUUACUUGCCUGAGAAGACAGCACACACUUAGGAUGCAGCAUCCAGGGGAACUUAGCUGGAUCUAAGCUGGAAGCCUUCACAGUACUGGCGAGCAUUCACAGGACUGGAAAGUGCUAUGAAGGCUGCUGGUGGAGAAAAGUCUUCCAUGAUGAUGUCCAGUUGUGAAUUAGUCCCUGUAUCCAUUCAGCCAGGUGUUGAGGAGAGAUGUAGUAGCUGAUGGCCCUUCCCUCCGACACAAUUCUCAGCACCAGCUUUGGAGAUGCGUUCACCCUGUUGGUCUUCUGCAGUAGCCAGGACGAGUGCUGACUUCUUCAUGGUAGCGAGGAACUCUUCAUGCUCCAGAAGCUCUUAAACUUGAUCUACAAUGGAAAAAUUCCUUUUUUGCCUGUUUCUCAUUGGCAUAGCUGUGCGAGCUCAGAUCUGUCCAAAGCGUUGUGUCUGUCAGAUUUUGUCUCCUAAUCUUGCAACUCUUUGUGCCAAGAAAGGGCUUCUGUUUGUUCCACCAAACAUUGACAGAAGAACUGUGGAGCUACGGUUGGCAGACAACUUUGUUACAAACAUCAAGAGGAAAGAUUUCGCCAAUAUGACCAGCUUGGUGGACCUGACUCUAUCCAGGAAUACAAUAAGUUUUAUUACACCCCAUGCUUUUGCUGAUCUACGAAAUUUAAGAGCAUUGCAUUUGAAUAGCAACAGAUUGACUAAAAUUACAAAUGAUAUGUUCAGUGGGCUUUCCAAUCUCCAUCAUUUGAUAUUGAACAACAAUCAGCUGACUUUAAUUUCUUCCACAGCAUUCGACGAUGUUUUUGCUCUGGAGGAGCUGGACCUGUCCUAUAAUAAUCUAGAAACAAUCCCCUGGGAUGCUGUAGAAAAGAUGGUGAGCUUGCACACUCUUAGUUUGGAUCACAACAUGAUUGACAAUAUUCCUAAGGGAACGUUCUCCCACUUGCACAAGAUGACUCGACUAGAUGUAACAUCGAAUAAGUUACAAAAGCUGCCCCCUGACCCUCUCUUUCAGCGAGCACAGGUGCUGGCCACCUCAGGAAUCAUAAGUCCAUCGACUUUUGCAUUGAGUUUCGGUGGGAACCCCUUGCAUUGCAAUUGUGAGCUGUUGUGGCUGAGGCGGUUGUCCAGAGAAGAUGACCUCGAGACCUGUGCUUCUCCUGCACUUUUAACUGGCCGUUAUUUUUGGUCAAUUCCCGAAGAAGAGUUUUUGUGUGAGCCUCCGCUCAUUACUCGUCAUACACACGAGAUGCGAGUCUUGGAGGGUCAAAGGGCAACGCUGAGGUGCAAAGCUAGAGGAGACCCUGAACCUGCUAUUCACUGGAUUUCUCCUGAAGGGAAACUUAUUUCAAAUGCAACAAGAUCUCUGGUGUAUGAUAAUGGAACACUUGACAUCCUUAUAACAACGGUAAAAGAUACAGGUGCUUUUACCUGUAUUGCUUCCAAUCCUGCAGGGGAAGCAACACAAACCGUGGAUCUUCAUAUAAUUAAACUCCCUCACCUACUAAACAGUACCAAUCAUAUCCACGAGCCUGAUCCUGGUUCUUCAGAUAUCUCCACGUCUACUAAGUCAGGUUCAAACGCUAGCAGUAGCAACGGUGAUACUAAAAUGAGUCAAGACAAAAUUGUGGUGGCAGAAGCCACUUCCUCAACAGCACUCCUUAAAUUUAAUUUUCAAAGAAAUAUUCCAGGAAUUCGGAUGUUUCAAAUCCAGUACAAUGGUACUUAUGAUGACACCCUUGUUUACAGAAUGAUACCUCCUACGAGCAAAACGUUUCUGGUCAAUAAUCUGGCUUCAGGAACUAUGUAUGACUUGUGUGUAUUGGCCAUAUAUGAUGAUGGCAUCACUUCCCUCACUGCCACAAGAGUCGUGGGCUGCAUCCAGUUUACUACAGAACAGGAUUACGUCCGUUGCCACUUUAUGCAGUCCCAGUUUUUGGGUGGAACCAUGAUUAUUAUCAUUGGUGGAAUCAUUGUUGCCUCUGUGUUGGUUUUCAUCAUCAUAUUAAUGAUCCGGUAUAAGGUCUGUAACAACAACGGGCACCACAAAGUCACCAAGGUUAGCAACGUUUAUUCUCAAACUAACGGGGCUCAGAUGCAAGGGUGCAGUGUCACACUGCCCCAGUCCAUGUCCAAACAAGCCAUGGGCCAUGAAGAGAAUGCCCAGUGCUGUAAAGUUGCCAGUGACAAUGUGAUUCAGUCUUCAGACACAUGUUCAAGCCAGGACUCCUCCACCGCUACCUCUGCUUUGCCUCCUACCUGGACUUCAAGUGCAUCUGUGUCUCAAAAGCAGAAACGAAAGACCAGUACGAAGCCAAGUGCUGAGCCGCAGAGCGACGCUGUCACAAAUGCUGAGUCCCAGAACACUAACAGGAACAACUCAACUGCCUUGCAGUUAGCUAGCUGCCCUCCUGCCACUGUCACAGAGGGGCCCACUUCUCAAAGAGCACAAACCAAGCCAAAUGCUUUGCUGACUAAUGUUGACCAGAAUGUCCAGGAAACACAGAGGCUGGAGUCCAUAUGAAGAGCACCGCUUCUCUCUCUCGAAAACAGUUGUCCCUGAUCUUUUUUACUGGAUAAAAUUUGAAAAUGUUUCAGUUCACAAUGACAUAUUGUUGAACUGCUGUCCUUGAAGGAUUUGCUCAUGGGAGCCAAAAUGACGACAUCUCUGAUGCGGUGGAACUGGCUCUCUCACACCAUGAUUCAUCCCCUUUUAAAACCAAAUUUUUUUCUUCUGAUCUACAAAUAUUUUUUUUAAGAAAGGAAAAAGAACAAAGCCUUCAUUGGCAUUAAGUUCUGUAUCAAUCCAUCCUACAUUGCCAUCCAUGAUUUAACAGACUGUAGAAUCUUGAAUAAUCUAUAUCACUUUAACAAAUAAAUGUUUUACUAUGACACAA